AUGCCUCCAUCGCUCCCACGACCGGCCCUCACCGGCCUCGAAGCCGCCCUCACCAACUGCCGCCUCACCCCAAGACCAGUAUCCCGGCAACUCUCUCGCUCCCUCUCGACAACCCCCUCCUACCUCCAACAAUUCUUCCCCCCCGACUCCCCCAAGUUCAUCACCAUCCCCGAACCCCCCCAAUCCUCCGAAGUCAAACCCCCCCCCGUCAAAGGCCACCUCCCCAAACCGCGCAACCUCUUCCCCACCCGCGGCGGCCACCGCAAAGCCACACCCGCCUUCAUCAAAGCCGCCACCCCCCUCUCCAAAUCCGAAGCCGCCGGCCUCCCCCCCAAAUCCGCCGCCGAAGCCGCCCACCGCAAAGCAGCUGCCAUCCGCCGCAAGAACCUCGCAGCAGGCACCUUUAGCCUCUACCGCCGUAAGACCACCCACGACAGGAGAAUCCUCGAACGCUCCCAGUACAAGGUCGAAUUCAACAUCGCCUGCGCCAACAAGCCCGAGCGCGAGGACGAAAUCCUCACCCGGUCGACAGUCAAGGCGUCCACCGCCCUGAAGGUCCAGGUCGAGCCCAGUCCACUCCGGUUCGAGAGGGCCGAAGAGGCCAGGCAAAAGACUGAACAGUUGGCUGCGCAAAAGUCAGAGGCGAGGAAAGACGCCCUUGCUCAGCUGUUUGUUGCCGCGCAGAGCUUCAUCGUGACGGAGAAGCAGCUGGAGGAGAGGGUCGAGGAGCUGUUCAAGGAGGAUACGUUCAAGAACAGGAUUAGCAGCGCCGCUAAGAACAUUUGGGAGGCUUCUGGCCCGCCGAUCAGCGUGGCCACGAGACAGGCGCAGAUUUCAGGUAUGGCCUCUGGAUUGUCUGAUUCUACCAGGGCGGCGACCCAGGCGGCGGUCAGGAGGAAGUUGGUGGCCGAGGAGCUUUCGGGUGGCAAGCUGGUUAUCGAUGCUUAG